UACCCAGGCGUCCCUCCUAUUUACUUUUCAGAAAAUCAGUGGAAGUUCAGGAUCCUCCCAGUGCCUGGCACUGUGCUAGGUGUUUCCAUAUGCAUCUUCUCUUGAAAUUUUCCCAACAACCCUACCAAGUAGGCACUAGCCCCAUAUCACAAAUAGUGAAACUAGAAACUCAGAGAGGUUCAGAUUCUUACCCAAGGCUGCACAGCUGGAAUUAGAACCCAUGAUCUUUCCACUUUAUCAAAUUUCUUCAGGUGCUUGCUUCUGCAGCCUUUCACCUGCACCACCUCUUUCCUACAUACACCACCUUCUACUCUCCCAGCCGGUGCCCAGGUUGGGCUGAUCCAGGAGAUAAAAGCUUACUCUCCUGGCCAAGCCAGCUGCCCCUGGGAAUUUCUGCACCUUCAGCAUCCAACCCCUCUCCUUCCCCCACUGACUCCACGGCCCUCGCAUCAGAUCCGCAGCAGAACACAGAGCAUACUGCCCUGGUAUCCAGCAGAUACCGAGUUAGCAUCUGUCGCCCUUUGUCUCUUACUGGUUUGGCUCCCUCCUGUCUUAAGCACCUGUACUGCGACCCGGUUUUGUGCAUCUGGAUGUUCCCAGUGCCCAGCCCUAAGCCAGGCACAUAAAAUGUGAAGGAACUGAUUGAACGGACUCAGAAUUCCUGGGUGGGUUGAGGAACUCGCCCUCGGACAGGGUGAAAAAAGGACCGUGGCUGAGCCCCGUCCCCGCCCUGGAAAAAGACGAACACGCGGCUGCGGAGAGCGCGUCCGUGACCGGCAGGUGGCGCCGCAGCAGCGAGGCCCCGGGCCCUACAGGGACGUCUCGGGACGCGAGGCCCGCGGUCACCCAGCCGCUCUUCCUUCCGCCGGGGCGGCCCAGCGGGCCCGGCUCGGCGCACUCCCGUGCGCCCCGGGCGCGUGUCGGCCGGAUGUCCCGGCGCACCGGCCUCUCCCGGCCACAAUGGGCGCCAUGGCGCUACCCGGGGCCGGGGCCCGCGGCUGCAGAGCCGCGGCCAAAAUGGCCCAGAGGCGCCGCUACGCGGAGUACGCGAGAGGAUCCCCGAGUCGUGGGCCCCCGGUCUCGCGCGCUGCGCUUUACGUGCACUGGCCGUACUGUGAGAAGCGCUGCAGUUACUGCAAUUUCAACAAAUACAUCCCCCGCGGCGUGGAGGAGGCAGCCAUGCGGAGCUGUCUGGUGACCGAGGCUCAGACGCUGCUGCGACUCAGCGGGGUGCGGAGGGUGGAAUCUGUGUUCUUUGGUGGGGGAACCCCCAGUCUGGCCAGUCCCAGCACCGUGGCCGCUGUCCUGGAGGCGGUGGACCAGGCAGCUCACCUGCCUGCAGACUCCGAAGUCACACUGGAGGCCAACCCCACUUCCGCCCUAGGCUCCAGGCUGGCUGCUUUUGGGGCAGCAGGGGUCAACAGGUUGUCCAUCGGGCUUCAGUCCCUGGAUGACACCGAGCUCCAGCUGCUGGGGCGGAUGCACUCGGCCCGCGAUGCUCUGCAGACACUGGCAGAGGCGCGGCGCCUCUUCCCCGGCCGCGUGUCUGUGGACCUGAUGCUGGGGUUGCCCGCCCAGCAGGUGGGGCCGUGGCUUGGGCAGCUGCGGACGCUGCUGGGCUGCUGUGAUGACCACAUCUCCCUCUACCAGCUGAGCCUGGAGCGGGGCACCGCACUCUUCACCCACGUGCAUCGGGGCACCCUUCCUGCCCCUGACCCUGAGCUUGCUGCUGCAAUGUACCAGGAGGGACGGGCCAUGCUCCGGGAGGCCGGCUUCCGCCAGUAUGAGGUCUCCAACUUCGCCCGGAAUGGGGCGCUCAGUACUCACAAUUGGACUUACUGGCAGUGUGGUCAGUACCUUGGCGUUGGGCCCGGGGCCCAUGGGCGAUUUGCGCCCCAAGGGGCCGGGAGCCACACCCGGGAGGCUCGGAUCCAGACCCUGGAGCCAGACAACUGGAUGAAAGAGGUGAUGCGGUUUGGACAUGGCACCCGAAGGCGCGUCCCCCUGGGCCGGCUGGAGCUGCUAGAGGAAGUUUUGGCCAUGGGGCUACGUACGGACGUGGGGAUCACUCACCAGCACUGGCAGCAGUUUGAGCCUGAGCUGAGCCUCUGGGACGUGUUUGGAGCAAGCCAGGAGGUGAAGGUGCUGCUGGUGCAGGGCCUGUUGCUGCUGGAUCACAGGGGUCUUCGGUGUUCCUGGGAGGGUCUGGCUGUGCUAGACUGUCUGCUGCUGACCCUCCUGCCUCGACUCCAAGAAGCCUGGGCACAGAGGACUCCCUCCCCUGUGCAAGGAGGAUGACCAGACAUUCCUGUGUCACAGGAUCACGCCAGGCUUGAAGCUGCUGUGUCUGCCCGGCACCAGGUAGCUGGACUUGAGGUGUCUGUUUUCCCUCCGAAGAGGCACCAACAGCGAGGCCGUCCCCUUCCUGGGACAGGACUACAUGCUGCAAAGAAAAGGACUUGAAAUAGUAGGAUUGCUGUAAAGUCUGUGUUUUUGGCUCCUGGCCCCCAGGAAUUCAUAUCUGGAAACAGAGUCCCCAAGGGGACAGUAUUAGGAGGUGGGACCUUUGGGCGGUGACUAGGUCAUGAGGGUGGAGCCUUAGUUUUUCUAAAAGAGGCCCCAGAGGACCCCCCACGGCUCGCUCCACCAUCUGAGAAGAUGCGGACGUCUGCAGAUCAGGACGUGGACCCUCCAAGGACCCGAAAUCUGCCUGCACCUUGAUCUUGGACUUCCCCCGCCUCCUGAACUGAGAAGUAAAUAGUUAUUCUUGAACACA